GAAGGGCUAAAUCAAGAACUCGUGAAAUUGAUGAACGUGGUCGUGCAAAAUCAAGAGCUCGUGAAAUUGAUGAACGUGGUCGUGAAAAAUCAAGAGCUCGUGAAAUUGAUGAACGAGGACGUGCAAAAUCAAAAUCUCGUGAAAAUGAUUAUGAUAAUUUAGAAAAAUCUGAAAAGACUUCCCGUAAUAAAGAAUUUGAGUUAUUAUUAGAAAGAGAAAAAUCUUCUCGACGUGAAAAGACAAAACAUGAGAAGCAAGAUCAUGAAAAAGAUUAUUCUCAUACAUCGACAAUAAAGAUUCUUAUCGAACAUACUAAAAAACGAAAGGAAGUCUUGUUAUCACCAACUAUGACGGCCCAAGAUAUUUUAAAUCACUUUCGUAAUAAAAAUGUAAUCUCGAAUGAUAAUGUUUGGGCUUUAUUUGAAGUUAUAAAAGACCUUAAUAUCG